UUAAAAUCGCCAAACACAAUAAUAACAACUGUAAAUCCGACAAACCUAACGGCAGUCACAAUUAAUAGCACAGCUAGUAUCAACCAGGCGCACAGUCCCACGCACUACCAGCCCACAACCGUAGCCAUCUUUGCCGCCAACGUGCCAUCAAUAAGCACUAAAAUUGCGUCAAUAAAAAGGAAACCCUCUCCAGUCCCCAUUCCACAUAAGCAGCUCAUUCUAUCGGCAGCAGCAGACGGCACAGCAGAAGCCUCGACAGCGUUAGCAACAGCAGUAACAACAACAACAGCAGCGGCAGCAGGAGCAGUAGCAGCGGCAGCGGCGGCGGCAGCAACAGCAACACCAAUAACAACAAAUAGCCAUUUAACGGAAUACACGGAAGCAUCAGUGGCAGUGGCAACAACACACGCGACAACAACAACAGCCGCAACCAACGAAGCAGACACAAGCCACGCUAACUGUCUUGUUGACAUUACAGCAACACCAAACGCAUUAGCGCCAACCACGACAACAGCAGCGAGCGCUACAGCAACAACAACAUCAACCGGUACACCACCGAUACUCGAUUAUUUGAGUCAACAGCAGGUGCAGCAAACACAAGCGGUGCCACAGCGCUCCAUCACCGUUUCCGCUGCUGCUUCUGCUAAUUUGAUUUCACGUCAAACGUCGCAACAACAACACCAACUGUCGCAAUCACAGCCACAGCAGCAGCCGCUGCUGUACACGUGCUCCUCCGCAUCGCUGGCGGCUUCAUCGUCAUCGAUAUUGGCUCAGCCGCCGCCAACGAAGAUUUUUAAGACGGAUCAUUUGUGUGUGAACGCUUACGGUUUGCCCACUGUUGCCGCUGCUGCUGCUGCUGGGCAUCCUUGCGUCUACUGUGUCAUACCAGUUGUGGGAAGCUCUUCCACAGUACCGCCACCGCGUACAGCCUUCCCUGGUGCACCACCACCAACUUCAGCAGUCGCAUUAAAGGGGGCCCCCAGGCCAGCUAUGACUAGUCCAGCAGCAGCAGGCGGCUUAGCAGGUGCUCCGUAUCGCGGUGCCAGUUGGACACCACAGGGUUACGCUCCAGCUGCCGCUGCAGCGGCUGCUGCCGUCGCUCAACAAGCCUAUAGAUAUACAGCUCCAUUGCCGCAACCAGCUUACGCGGCCUAUACACCGCAUACAGCAACAACACCAGCAACAACUACGUACGGUCAGCGUGUACCAACUGCAGCAUCGCCAAGUAAUACGAACUCAAGCAGCUCAUCAAAUACCGGCUCACAGAGCGGAACUUUAAGUACUAGUCUGAGUAAUACCAAUACAAAUACAACAAUGGGUCCUAGUAACGGUACACAGCAACAAGGUGAACAAUUGUCAAAAACAAAUUUGUAUAUUAGAGGAUUGCAACAAGGCACCACCGAUAAGGAUUUAGUAUCUAUGUGUGCACAAUAUGGAACGAUUAUUUCAACCAAGGCUAUUUUAGAUAAAACAACAAACAAAUGUAAAGGUUAUGGCUUUGUCGACUUCGAGUUGCCAGCAUAUGCCGAGGGUGCCGUCAAAGGUCUACAAGCUAAGGGCGUUCAAGCUCAGAUGGCCAAAGUGGGUAUCUGGGUGCUUCAUAGGCCGGCCAUUCAACAAGAACAGGAUCCAACAAAUUUGUACAUUGCAAAUUUGCCACCACAUUUCAAAGAGACGGACUUGGAGAAUAUGCUUUCAAAAUAUGGACAAGUUGUGUCCACUCGCAUAUUGCGCGAUCAGCAGAUGAACUCAAAAGGUGUUGGUUUUGCACGCAUGGAGAGUCGCGAGAAGUGUGAGCAAAUCAUACAGAUAUUCAAUGGUAAUACAAUACAGGGUGCCAAAGAUCCACUUUUGGUUAAAUUCGCCGAUGGUGGUCCAAAAAAGAAGAAUCUCUAUAAGAAUCCUGAUCCAAAUGCGCGAACGUGGCGUGAUCCCACCGAAGGGAUGCCGGUCACUUAUGAUCCGACUAUGCAACAGAAUGGUGUUAGUGUUAAUGUUGGCACACCAAUCGGCGUGCCGUAUUCACGUUUUAGUGCACCACCGGUUAGUAGCUAUCCAAUGACAACUGGAUCACAAUGGAUACCCGGUUAUAUGAUGACACAACAAAUACCACAAGUUGAGGAUCAAUACAUACAAAUGGCUGCUGCCCCACAAUUGGGUGUCGCAUCUUACAAACCAGACGCUGUAAAUCAGGUGCAACCACGCGGUAUCUCGAUGAUGGUCAGUGGUGAUCCGUCUGUGCCAUAUGGACCAAUGGUGCCACAAUUAGCCACACUGCAAAUUGGCAAUUCCAAUUUCUCUCCAUCAUUACAGUAUAUUAGUCCAACUUAUCCAUAUUAUGCACAACCAACAAUUAUUCCAACAAUGCCAAUGACAGAUUCCGAACAGGCUAGCACAGCUGCAUCACCCGAUGAGGCAUAUACACAGUAUCCACAUCCAGCCGCUCCCAAAUAGGUCAUCGCGAGAUGUAAUAUUAUGAUGCCGCGAUUGACACUCUAAUGGGAGUUGGAAGUGGAAUCGGAUAAACGCGAACAACAACAUAAUAAUAUGCAACAGUAGAAUAGACGAUAAUAAUAACAACAACAACAAAUAGAAGCCACAAGUGGAAGGACAAAACGAAAGAACACAAAACAAUACAAAUAUUGCAACAACUUAAACAACAACAACCACAACAGUAACUGCAACAAGGAAAUCGGCGACAACCAACAACAAUAAAAGCAAAUAGAACAUAAACCAAAUAAUAAAAUAAAAAUGAAAAUACAAAUAAAUAAUGAACUACAGGUUGCCACUACGAAAAUAGUGAAAGCAAAUGAUUUACAAAUAUUUAAUGCAGUUUUCUGCAACAAAGCAAAUGUAAGAGAAGGCAACCAAAACAACUUGAAAAUGUAACAGAAGUAAACAAAGGAUAAAAAUAAUCUUUUAUAUUUGUUUGCAAGAAUAAUGAAUGCAAGUAUGGCAACAUUUUAAAAAAAGUUGAAUAAAUAAAAUGAAGAGAAAUGUAAAGACUAAGUUAAACAUACACAUACAUACAUACUUACUUAUAGAAAUUGAAGAAAAACGCGAAAUAAAACGCUGAAAAAAAAACAAGAACCGAAGCGAUGGAAAACAAUUGCUAAAAGCGUUACAUAUAUACUUACAUAUGUACAUUUGUAAUUUGUAAUAAGAAACGCUAAAAGAAAUGUAAGUGAAAAGCAAAGCGACAUUUGUAAUGAACAAGCGUAUAACUAGCAACAGCAACAAAGGCUUGAAGAAGCGGGUAAAUAAUAAUAAUAAUUAAUAGAGUAACAAACUAUACACAAAAUGGCGGCACACGACCAAGCAGUGGCUAGUAGGCGAGACGAGAAUCUUAUGAGCAGGCAAUAUGAUUGUAUUUUUGAAUAUUUAAAUAAACAAAGAAGCGUUAGUCAAAUAACACGAUGUGCUGGCCGGUGGAAAUUAACUAAAAACCAUAAAAUGAAAACAAAAAAGAAAUAUGAAAAAAUAAUUGAAUACCCGCUAAAAACAUGCAAGGAAUUUUGAAUGUAUUUAUGUAAUAGAGUACAUUAAAGUAUUUACAUUUUGAAUGAGCUAACGAAACGAUGAUAUGUAAUGAGCGCAUAAGUAACAUAGUAGAGAAAGCAUAUGUAGAAGCAGAAAAAGUUGAUAAGCUAACGGUGUAGUGGGGGAUUGGUGAAACCAAUUUAUUUAUUUAAUACUUAAAGUAGAAAACAAGAAUGACCGUUUGAAAGAAGUAACAAAGAAGAUGUUGAAAUGAAAGCGAAGCAUACGUUGAUGUUGUUGUAAAAGAGGAAGUAGCUGAAAAAGCAGCAAAGCAAGUUUACUGGAAAUUUUACACAAGAUUGUUGAAUUUCUUUGAGUUUUUCAUUUUAUAAAUGACAUUUAACCGUUAUAUUUUUAUUUGUUACUUUUUGAAGAAGAAAAUGUAAACACAUACAUAUAUACAUAAUAGUUUGUAAUGAAACUGCGAAAUGCAGAAGCAAAGCGACGAGUAUUUACAUAAAUAGGUGGCAAGGUGUACAUACAAAGUACCAAAUUGCCGGACAAGCAAGCGUAAAGAAUGCAAGCCACACUAUAACAUACAUACUAAUACAAAAAAACAUAAAUACAUUGUACGUUCCGUCUCCAACUGCAUAAAUACACAUACAUACACACAAGUAAACACACAUUUAAUGUGUAUGAAAAUUUGUUAAAUACAUUUGUAUAAAAUGAUUUCUUUUGCAAACAAAAACAAACAUAAAUUCAAAAACCGAAAUAAAACACAUAAAAAACUUUAUAUAAAUGAAUAAGUUGACCAGCGGUUGAUAAUGAAGAAUUGUUGAAGCAAAGGCAAACAAAAAAUAUUGGCAAACACAAUUGUUUGCAACAUUUGCAGGCGAUACGUUACGUUACGUAAAUGCAUACAAAACGCAAAUGAAAAGAACGCGUUAGCGCAAGUGCGGUCAGGUAUACCGACAUGGCUGUUUUGAGCGUUCAUUUUUUAGGGAAACAAAACAAAAAUGGCGUACACUAACGUUAAUAUUAAUUUAAGUCAAGUCAAGGGCGGGGUAAUAACGGCGAAAUUGCAUUUAAGAAAACAAAAAUGUGAAAUUAAAAAUAAAAAUUAAUAACUUUAUUUAUUAAUUUGAAAAUUAGAGUUUAUUAUAUAUGAAAACGCAGUUAGUGGGUAUGCAUAGAAAAUGUGAGCGAGAGCGAAAGCUAGAGAGAGCGCGAGUGCGAGCGCGAUUUAGAAAGAGUCCAAAAACACGAAGAUAAACUGUUAGUAUUGACUUACUAUCCUUGAAAAUGUUGUAAAAGCAAAGCGCAUACAACAUAUAAGCAGCAGGUGGCGCAUGCGCGUUGAAUGUAUGUGUUGCUUAAGGACUCAAUUUUGUAGCGAAUAAAGCAGUUUUUGCUAAGAAAGAAAAAACAUAAAACAAAAAACAAUAAAGAUGUUUAAAAAAGUGGAAAAAUGAAAUUGUAGAAUUUUUUACAUACAAUGCAGAAAAGCAAAAAUAAGUAGUGCAUAGCCAAAAAAGAAAAAAAAUUAAAUAAAAAAAUAAAUAAAAGAAAUAACAUGGUAACACAUUAGAAAACUAGUGCUGGAUUAAAACAUGGCAGAUAAAUGAAAGUAAAAUGGCUUAAAUGCGGUGUUAACUGAAAAUGUAGUUUUAGUAGUUAAAAAAGGGGAAUAAGUGCAUAGACUAGAUUUAUGUGUGUAAGAUAAUUGCUGUAGCAUUAGUCUGUAAUAAAUUACAUAUACAUGCAUAUAUGUAAGAAUGAGAGAGAAAUAAAUUGUUUCUAUUUUUAGCACUCUUCAGUUACUUUGCUCUAGCUUUAAGCAAACUCUCUUUGUUAAGCAUUCGCGUUUUUUCCUCCGCUCCCCUUUUAUUCUUAAGUAUUAUUAAGACUUUACCGUUUUUAGUGAGUAACUGAAAAAAUUUAAACUGAAUUAAUGACGCAUUCAAAACAAAAUAAAAACUAAAAACUAAUACAAAAAAAAUAAAUAAAUAAUAAAAAAUAGUAGUUGUAGAAAACGUAUUACGUGUAAGAAGUAAAAAUAAACACAACAAUAAUAUUAAAAAUGUAAUUUGAGGCGAGCUUUGCGAGCAAACACGAGUUUUCAGUAAUUUUGCGCACUAAAAGUAGAGCUACACUUUUCUAAUUGGAUUUUGAAAAGCAAAAACGCAAAAAUUAAAUUAAAUUAAAUUAUUUAAUAAUAAAUUUAAAAUAAUAUUAUUAAAAAAAAAAUUGUUUUGAAUUUCUUUAGUUAAUUGUUUUUUUACGUUUUUUUUUUUUAUAAUCUUUUUUGAAAAAUCCAGCAUUGUACCAAAUCAUUUUUAAUUAUAAUUAAUGAAAUUAAACUGUAAAUUUUUAUAUAUGAAAUAAUAAUUACAAAAUAUAAUAAAUUUUGAACAUUUUCAAAUUAAAUUUCAAAUGUUUUUUCAAGCAAGCCGAAAUCCAUUAGAAAAAUUUAGUAAUACUAUUAGAUGGCAUUUUGGUUUUUUUCUAGUUGAAAACUACUGAAAUUCAUGAAAACUAAAUUGUAUAAUCGAAACAAAAUGGGACAAACAAACCGAAAUAAUUUUUGUUUUGGCUUUUGUUUGCGAGCAUUUGUUUUUAUAGAAAAAAAAUUUUUUUAACAAUCUCAAAACAAUUUUUUAAACAAUCUAAAAUUAAUAAAUAUUUUGAAAACAAUUUUUUUUUACAUUUUUUGUUUUGAAAGUAAUUAUUUAAUAAAAAUAUUUUUGAAUACAAAAUAUUUUUUUUAAAAUAACUUUUCUGAAAAAUAAUUUUUUUUUUUUAAUAUUUUUUAGAACAAUAUUUUUUUGAAAAAUAUAUUUUGUUGUGUUUAUGGUAGUUGCUAUUUUAUUAGCGAAAAAACACUUGACAGGCAAACACUCAUGCAAUUGACAUCAAAUAUGUAUUUAUGUGGAACUACUCAUUUGGGAUAUGAAUAUUAAAAUAAUUCUUAUUAAAGCAUUGUUUUAGAAACUAAUAUUUUUUGCAUACGAGCUGUAGCUGGUCUCACUAAAAAUAAUAAAGUUUACCUCUAUUCUUUAUAAUAAAACAUAUAAUUUAAGCACAUACUUCAAUUAAAAAAAAAAAUAGAUGGAAAGUAAAUAAUAAAAAUAAAAAUGCGAAAGUAAAAACAAAAGCAAAAUAUCUCAUUAUUUUUAUUUAAAUAAAAAAUAUUUGUGUUUUCUUUUCUUUUUCACUUUUUAGUAUAAAAUAUUGGUAUUUUACUUAUUAUUAUUAUUUCUAUUUAUUUUGUUUUUUGCUCUUGUAAAACUUUUGAAAGUUGACUUCGAAAUUUGAAAGUUCUCAAAUAGUCAAACAAAUAGAGUGAAAAGCUACCAGCCGCAGCUUUAUAAAAGAAAAUAAACGUUGGCAUAUAGUUUAAAUAAUAUAACUUUAAUAAUCAUUAUUUUCCAUCAUUUUAUCCAAUAUCAUAAAAAUAUUUACUGUACCAACAACAGUUGACGAAAAAAGUUCUCCGCUACACAUUUAAAUAAAUAUUUAAUUCAAACCACUGAAGAUAUCAAUUGCAUUGAGCUGUUACUAGUGUUAACAAGAUAUACUUUUUAUUUUUAUUUAAAAAAAAUUUUAUUUUUUAUUUUAAUUUAAUUUUUUUUUUAUUAUUUUCAUUACACCUUAGAGUGUUUUUAUUUUAUUUUCGAGUGGGUGAAAUAGUGUUUAGUAUACACAAAAGACUAGUUUGGAAUAAGAAAACUAAAAAAACAAUUAAAUAUAAAACAAACACAGAAAGUAAUUCGAAAAGAGCUAAUUGUAUUUAAAAAAAAAUUGUAGUUUUUUAAAAGAAAAAAAGCAGUGGGAAAUUAGUAUUAAUUUUAAAAUGAAUGAGAAUAUUGUAUUUGAACAAGAAACAUGAAAAUCCAAACAAAUUGAAAAAGUAGUAAACCAGUAAAUUUAUUAAUAAAAAAUGCUAAUAAGCGUGCGAUAAAAUUUAAGUAAAUUAAUAAAUGAUAACAAAUAAACAAGAAGAAAGUAGUUUUAUAUGAAAAUUGAAACAAAGAAACUAAAUAAACAAAAGUAAAAACUGACUUGUAUUAAUAAGAAGGAAACUGAAAAAUCAACCAACAACACAACACAAAACCGACACACAUUAAUUAUUUAAGUGAUUAUAGCGAAUGUAAUGCGUUAACUGAAAGUAAUAAGUUAUUUAACAAAAAAAAGUUUAAAAAAAUGCUUACAACAACAAUAGUUACCUACAAAAUGCAAAAGAAAGCAAAAAUUAAUUUAAAAAGUGUUUAAUUUUACGUUUUGUGUUUUGUUGUAUUUGAAUUCUUUGUGUUAAAGAAAACAGAAAAAUUAAUGAAUUUUAAUAUGAAAGUGCAUUCUGCUGUGUGAGAUUGUUUGUAUUUGUGAUUUCAUUAUCAAACAAAAUUAAAAUAAAAUUAAUUUUGCAAAACCAAGCGCUGCAGGCAAAUACUUCCAAUAACCAACACGCAUAAUUACCGGUUUAAAAUGUUAAAGCAAAGCUUCUUACAUAUAACCAACUGAUUUCAUCCAACUGAACGCAAUUAUUUUGUAACAAAACUAUUUAUUUCUUUCCGAAUUUCUAAAGAGCCUUUAACAACUUUUCACAACAAAGCACUUCCAAAAUAUAAAAAAGGGUAUGGAAAUUUUAAAAAUUAUGUUAACAUACUGAUAAUUUAAACUGGCAAGAAAAGUUUAUAAAAAAUAUAUAGAAUUUUUAAAUAGCGUGCAUAAAACAAAUCACUACAUUCCACAAUGCAUUACUUGUAACCCUUUUGUUUGGCAUGAAAAAUUUCUAAUCUAUAUUUAGAUUACAAAACAAUAACCAAAAUUUAUGAUCCUCUAACUGCACUACCGGUGCAACAAAUGUCUUCCUUUUAUAUAUAUUGAAUUCAAAAUAACCAUUAUAGCAAAGAAUUCAUAUACAAUAAAGAAUGAUAUUUUUAAUAUAUAUACAUAUUAUCUAAUUAUAUACAUACGUACAUAUGUACAAAAAUUUAUGUAUUUUUAGGCACAUAUACAUAAAGACUUUAAGGAUCAUAAAUACCCAAUACUCAACCUUUUCGCCAAAAAAAAAAAACGUUAUAUGUUUGCUACAAAAAGUCGUAUGUAUGGGCUGAGCGUUUUUUAAUGCCUAUUUGUUCUUAAUGAAAACAAAAUGAAACAGUAAAAGCACUAUAUGUUUACCUACAUAUACAUAUAUAUUUUUUAAUAUCCAAAAUCCCUUAUAUAUUUCUAUGCUUAGAAAGCGCAGUGGGAAAAAUUAUUUUGUUACCCUUUUCCGGUUAUAUAAUAUUCAAACAGUGAAAUGUUUUCAAAACAUUUUAGCUUAGCUAAAAACCUUAGUGUUUCAACUCACCCAUUAAGCUUUCAUGCUAACAUUCCACACAGGAAUUUUUUCUCAUUAGAAUGCAAUAGCGUUGCAGCCUAAUACGAAUAAAAGUACCGAAAGCUUUAAGAAAGUUUCAGUAUGAAAGCUCGCAAAUUCGAAAAUAUAUAGAAUUUUGGUUGACGAAUCAAAACACUUUAUGAAAGCUUCAAUAUGAAAGCAAGCCUGGGUGAAAAACACAUACAAGAUUGAUUUGCUUCAUUAAAGUUAGCAAAUUAGAAAACUCGUGAAAGUUUAGUUUGCGAAUUAAAGCACCGUGAGCUCGAUGAAAGCUACAAUAUGAAAACUAUUGUGAGUGAAAUGUUAUGUCAAAAUUAAAAUUAAAUAAUAAAAAAUUUCCCAAAAAGGCACACUUUACAACAGAGUAAAAAUUCCUUGAAUCCCUUAAAGCUUGCUGCGACUGACCCACACGUUAAGUCGAAUAAAAUGCAAAUCACAAAUACAAAUGCAAAUUUCAAAACAGUUCCAUUAAUGUGCAAUUUUUUUUGUAACCUGAUUUUACACAUUUGUUUUUGUUUUGUAUUUUGUAAUUUUAGUGCUUAUAAGGCAAGUUGCAAGACACUUUCUGAAAUGUAAACGUGCUUGACUCUUCGAUUUCUUAACUUUUUGUUAUUGUAUUUUAAAACACUAGUGUUGUUCUUGUAGAAAAAGAUAAACGUGUUUAAAGCUAGUAAUUUAAGUAAAAUUAAAAUUAAUUUAUUUGUAACAGAGUUUCUGCAGUCUAACACACAUAUUUGUUAGGAAAAUUUGUGCGAAAACGCGAACCGCAAAUAAAAAUAAAAACAAAAGGAAAAGGAAAAGAAAAAAAUUUACAAAAUAAAUUGCAGAUGAAAACAAAAGUAUUUUUUGACAAACACAAGUUGAAAACGACGAGAAAAACUAAAAACGUUUAGUAUAAUUAAGAAGACAGAACAAACAAAAAUAUGCAAAAAUCAACAACAACAACAAAACAAAUAGCGUCAGCAGAAAAAUGAUGAAAAAUCCUUAGUUUAAGAAAUAUUAGUAGUAAAUAGAAAUGAAUGAAAGAAACGUAGCCACUAAGUAUACAAAUAAGUCAAAACUCGAUUAUAAGCAUUAACGUAGAAGAAGAACAAGAGCAAAAUAAUAAUAAAAAAACCAAAAAAAAAAAAAAACAUACGUUAAUACUUGUAAGAAGUGGUACCAGUAGCAUAGUUGGUAAAUGAAAAUAGAGCAAGUAAAAUGGCGUACCGUUAGGAACAUACUUAUAUACAAACGUGCGACCAUCAGAGAAAAAAUGAGAAAACAGUAGAAAUUGAAAAGUAAAUGCGUGGAAACGAAGUAAAUUAAGAAACUGUAGUAUGUAGCAUGUAGAAAGUAGCAAAAAGGUAGAUAGAAGCAAGCAAGCAAGCAACUGGCAUUCUUUAAUUGAUAAAAUCAAAUUUAAAAAAAUAUAAUAAUUUCAACGCCCACACGCCCACACGCGUUUAUAUAAAGGUGCAUGUGUCGAGCGCAGAUUUGCUUACAAACGUUAAAAUCGACAACAUUUCGUAUAAAAAUAUACACUUAUCAUCAAUCAACUAUAUAUAAUUGCUUUUGGUGUGUCCGUUUAUCUUUCUUCAAAGCUAUGCAUUCUAUAUUUAACAAAAGCGAAAUGCAAUUAUGACGGAUAACUUAUACGUUUUAAGAGAAAAUUAAUGGUAUUUGCAUUGGUUUAUAAAUUAAGCUUAUCGCAAAAUUCAUUGUGAUUGAAAGUUUAAAAGCGGAGUGCAAUCCAUGAAAUAUUAAUGGCGGUAAUGGUCGAGUUCAACUUACUGCUCAAGCUGUAGCUUAAAACUUUUAAAAAUUUAUUUACACACAUUUUUAAUAGAUUUUUUUUUCAAUGAACAAUUUUAUUACUCAUAUUAGAGUUUAGUUUUUUCGUCACAUAUGAUUUUUUUUAAUAAUUUUUAAUAUCUUUUGUCAAACUUUUUCAAAUUAUAAUAAAAAUUGCAAUUUUUUAUAUAUAUUUUUUAUUAAUUGCUACUAUUUAUUUGUCAAAUUUAUUUUUUUUUAUUUGUCAAAUAGUCAUAGUUGAUUUUUAAUAAUAAUUUAAGAAAUAAUUGUUAAAAUUGCAAUUUUUAAAAUUUUUUCAAAUUAAUUUUUAUUAUUAAUUUGCCAUUCAAAAUACUAAUUUAAUUUUGUAUAUUUUCAUUGAUUUAUAAUAUUUAUUUUUCAAAUAAUUAAAAAAAAACUUUUUUUUAUUUAUUUUUUUCUUGUUUUUUUUUUAUUAUUUUUUUUUUAGCUUGCUAUAUCGACACAUUGGGCUCAAACGAAGCCUAAUUUACUUUUGUGCGCGUUCCAAGGAGGUCGAUGGGGCAAAACUUGUUCAUACGCUAUAAUAUUUUCGUAUGUGGUAUACAUUUUUUUAUAGAAAAAAUCCUGCGAGAAAUGCAUAUUGCGAUUACCAUUAGAGCGACAUAUAAAUUUUUGAAAACUUUUCGCUUUCUAUUCUCCAAACUUAUUAAAACAAAUUUAUAGAGCUUUAAUUAGUUGCUAAUUUUUAAAUCUAGAACCGAAAGCCUAAAUUCCAUUGGCGAAAGUAACUGAAAUGCAUUUUUGCGAGUGUGGCAUAUAAUUUUUUUUUUCUUUUUUUUUUUCUCAAAAAGAAAUUAAUUAUUUUACAGUAGCAUUAAAGUGGACAGUUGCGUUAACGGUAACUUGAAAAAAAGUUAACCAUCAUUUGUAUGUAGGUAAUACCAACAACAAAUCGGUUUAUUACAAUGAGAAGCAGCGGAUUUCUGCAUACAUGCGCAUAAAUAAUAUAUUUACUUAAGUAAAAAUGAAAACAUUGAAUUUGUGAACAUUUCAAGUUUGUUAAACAGAUGAAAAUGCAUGCAAGGUAAAUGAUAUGUGAAGAGUGACCGUAGUAUAUACAUACAUACACAUAAGUAGUACAUAAAAAAAUCUCUGUAAAUGGAUAACAUAGGCGUAAAAAGUAAAAAGUAAAACAAAAAUGAAAAAGUGAAAAUAAAAACUGAAACAAAAACAAAAACAAAAGCGAAAGCGAAAAAGGAAAAAGAAAAACAAAAACAAAUAAAAAGCGUGUAAGCUGCGCGCACGCAUUGUUGCUUGAGCAUUUGAUUUACCUUCUAAUUUGCAAUUGAAAGAUUUAUGCUAAAAAUGCUUACAAACAUUAAAACAAAUCCAAAUAAAAAGAACUCAUAAACCUAAAAGUCAAAA